AUGCAACAAGCGCUUUCAUCUACAAAUGGGGCCCACGCCGCCGGUGUCUCUCCGCCGGAAAACGGCGGCUCCGGCGGCCACCACGGGAAGAAGGUGAGGGAUGUGGUGGCGGAGAACGCGGUGGUGGUUUUUGCGAGGGAGAGCUGCUGCAUGUGCCACGUGGUCAAGCUUCUGCUCCACGGGCACGGCGUGAGCCCCGUAAUUCGCCUCGUCAGCGAGGGGGACGAGGCCGACGUGAGGAGGGAGCUGUCGGAGUUCCUCCGGCGAAGUGGUGGCGGCGGAGCAGCGGCGCCGCCGCAGUUGCCGGCGGUGUUUGUGGGCGGGGAGCUGUUGGGAGGAGUGGACCAGAUCAUGGGGGCCCACAUCUCCGGCGAGCUGGUGCCCAGGUUGAGAGCCGCUAGGGCUUUGUGGCUUUAA